AUGGCGCCAAUGACCCGCAACCAAAAGGACACAGACGAAGCUGCUCUGAUUCUGCUCCAAAUGGCAGACCCGCAUUGGGACUCACCCGACUAUGAAGAGGAGAUGACCCAGAAUAACGAGAUUGAGCAGCAAGCUCCUAAUCUCGCAGAACAGUCGACAGUUGAUGCAGUAGUUCCCGCCUCAGACAGUCAACUCGUCGUUGUCGACUCUACCAGUGCUUCGCAGUCCAGUCCAGCUCCCAGCACUGCCCCUUCCACAUCGACCUUCUCCGUCAAAGGCGCUUCCAUGGACGAAAUCGACGCACACCAGCGAACAAUUCAGCAGACGCGCGCCGCUCUGACUAAACAACAACGCAACUCUCUCAAGCUCAAGCCCUACCCUCACUACGACCUUGAGGGCAACGAGAUUGGCACCUUUUGGCAGACUAGAGCCGAACACCGUACGUUCCGCCAGACUCAGAGAAGAAGAGGUGCUAAGCUUGUUCGUGCUGGCACCACCAACGGAAGGAAGCUCCGUCGACAGAAUUGA